AUGAUGGAGGUGAGUCAUAACCUUCGGGACGCCUUUCGCGGAGGGUCCGACCUGACCCCUGAUUCGUCCGCAGCUACCUACCGCCGUUCUUGCACUGUCCAUGCUUGUCCCGCGCACACGAUCCGACCUCGUCUUCACUUCCCUGUUCUUCCUGACCCGCAUUCUCUACCACGUCGUCCUCAUCGCUGUCUACGCGUCCAAACAUGGUGUCGCAUACUCGUCCGGUCUCGAUAUAGUCGAUCCGACGUACAUCCCUCUGAUUGGGCUGAUCCUCGCCGCCCCUCUGCACGUGUCUUGGUUUUCUUCGGCUCUACUGGGGAUGCUGAAGAGGAGGAGAAAGGCUCGUUCCGUUGCGGUGCUGCCUGCAACCGCGACCAGCGCUGUCGACCAAUCCCGCACCUCAAUUACAGAAGCCACAAAAGCCGAAGCCCUCACCGCACCCAAAGUUGUUGCUCAACGAACCAAGCUGGUCUCUCUCGCCUCGUCCUACCUCUCGAGUCCUCGCCCUUUCCUCCACGUACGCACCCCUCUCCCGAACCCAAUCGCAUCGACUCGACCUCUCCCCUCCCCUUCCCGCCGUCAUCUCCUCGAGCAAGAAGUCCGCGACUUCUUCCUCCAAGCCCGGCGGGACCUCUUACCCCUCGGAGCCCAAAAUUGGCUACAAAGGGACGAGAACGAUAUUCUGAAAGCCCAAGUCUUGGGACCCAGUUUGAAUUUGGUGAGGUUGAGGGCGGGGAGGUUGAGCGCUACGGGUGGGGCGGAUGUGAGGAGGAUUGGGGGAAAGGUUAGGAGGAGCUUAUUGGACGGAAGCGGGUUGCCUUUGGGAUUGGGCCGGGGGGUGAGGAGAACCACGGAGACGGCUUGA